AUGAAUCCGAUGUUCACGCUGAUUGGGGGAGGGAUCAAAAGGCUGGAGCAGGCAACGAGAGAGAUGGGUUCGGUCUUGCCUAAGGGGGUGCAUUGGAUCAGAGACUCGGCGGUCAAGUUCGAUCCGGACAACAAGCGGGUUCGCACCAGCUCCGGUGAUGAGAUAAACUAUGAAUACAUGGUGAUGGCGAUGGGUGUUACACUCGAUUUUCACCAGGUACCAGGGCUUGAGGAAGCCCUGGAGAAGGACCCCAUGGUUUGCUCAAACUAUUCCCCAAAAUACGUUUCCAAGACGAGUAAAGCCAUCCAUGCCUUCAAGGAAGGAAAUGCCAUCUUCACGUUCCCGAACACCCCAGAAGCCCUGGAGAAGGACCCCAUGGUUUGCUCAAACUAUUCCCCAAAAUACGUUUCCAAGACGAGUAACGCCAUCCAUGCCUUCAAGGAAGGAAAUGCCAUCUUCACGUUCCCGAACACCCCAGUGAAGUGUGCAGGCGCGCCGCAGAAGAUCGCCUACCUGACCGACUGGCACUUCCGACGCGAAGGGAAGAGAGAGCGAGCAGAGGUGAUCUACAACACGUCACUCCCUGUGAUAUUUGGCGUGAAAAAGUACGCAGCAUCUCUGAUGGACGUGGUCAAGGAAAGAGGAAUCCAGUUGAACGUGAGGCGUAAUCUCGUCGAGGUUCGGUCAGACAAGAAGGAGGCCAUCUUCGAGAAUCUCGACAAUCCCAGUGAGAAGAUAACCUACAAGGUGAGUCGGAUGUGGUCCACGAGUUCAUCGAGGCACUGA